AUGCCAUCAACAACAAUCGAGCAUCUCGAUAUUGAAAAUUUAUUAUCAGAGAAUAAACCUAUAAUUUUAAGAUGUCCUUUUAAAGAAUGUAAUACUAGAAUAAUCCCUUAUUCCAACAAAUUGAUUCACUUGCAAAUCCACAACGCACCUAAUGCCAUAAGGGCAGUUCCCGAUAACUCACCAGAAUUGUCAGAUAAAUUGAUUAAUUUCUAUCAGAUAAAUGAUGUUUGGGAUUUUGAUAACAUAGGAGUCAGUAGACCAUCCAGUGAGAUUUCUCAGGAUCCAAUAAUUAGCCACGAUAACGAGUCGACGAUUCAUAUAGAACGGUUGAUUGUGUGUAGUGAAUGUGAUCGAGGUCCAUUAGGGUUUGCCGGGAUACCCAACGGAAAAGAGACAGAUCAUAAAAAUCUAGUUUAUUUCCUAAGCCGUGACAGUGUCAUUUAUGAUUACUAA